AUGCGCCCUCAAAUUUUUUCUGGAUACAUCAUCUCUGCCCGACACAGCCAGGCCGGGGCGGACGGGGGUUCCAUAAGCGGCAGCGGGGGCCGGAGUGGGACGCGGCGCAGGGCUCCGAAGAGUCAGACGGUGGCUUGGCCGCACCUCGGGAACGAUCGCUACGGAGAACAGCUGUCCGCCGCUCCCCGAUCGCUCCCCAACACGCAACUGCGCCGUCCGGAGCGGCAGCGCUCGGGACCCGCCGCGCCGGUGCCCGCGCAGCCCGGCGGGGCUGCCUCCCCCGCGCCCCCGACGUGGGCGUCCCGCGGCGGCAGCGAGCAAAGUGACCGCGCCGGCGGCAGCCCCGGAGCAGCCCCAGCGCCGGACGCCGCCAUGAGCCCCGCGGUGCCGCCGUCGGGCCGCGCUGCCGGGGCCUGA